AUGGGCUAUGUUACCGUCCUCGUUCAGCAUGCAUGGGUCAUGCAACCUGCGCUUUCGCAGGCUCAGCGGCCGGGCUGCAGUCAGCCUGGCCGGGGCUCCAUCGGCGUCAGCACAGCUCCCAAGCGAGGCAGACGAUCGAUCGGCGAGAUCCCACCGGCCAGCGCUGGUGUCCAGCAGGAGGUCAAGAACAGCUGCCUGACCCACAACGACUACCAUGAGCUUCCACAGGAUGUCCAGCCCUCCGUGCAAACCCCCCGCGGGCACCGGCGGCUCGAGCCCAAGCGCUCGGCUGUCCGCCUGAGUGUCCCGGGCACCGUCGCAGACUUUGUGCAAAAGUGCAACUCGGCUACAGGCGAGCCCCGGAAGAAGCUGGAAAUCGAGGCCCUUGAUGUCCUGAAGCGCCUGGAGCACAUGGUCCUGGCGAGCCAGAUUGCCGAUCCGCUGCGCAAGCGGGAGGACACCGACACCAUCGACAUUGCUGUUCCGCUGUAUCUCGAGAUGGCCGGUCGCGGCGGAAAAAGUCAGAAACUUCAGCACCAACUCAUCACCGAGACCGGACGAAGCUUGCGCGAGCGUGAGACAAUCGAGCGGGUCCGCCGGCUGGACCAGAGCAAGAAGGAACGGCGUGGGACAGUGGAAAUCGAGGCCAAACCGACUCGGUCGCCGCAUGCCCAGCGGUUUUCGAGCAUCUGCCGCCGGUCAGUCCUGACCAUGACCCAAAUCCACUCCAAGGUCAUCCAGGACAAGGCGUUUGAGCUUCUCAUCGAGGCCCUGGACACGAACGAGCUGGCCACCGACAAUGCCGAGGCGACAUCGCUGUUGCUGCUUGUCAAGGAGAUUGGCGAUCUGAUCGACGAACAGUGUCGGCGCAUCAUCCGAAGCAACAGAAAAGAAGCCAUGCGCGGUUCUCUGUCAGAUACGCUGCUGGAAGAUACGACGGCAAAUGUGUUUGUGAAAGUGGAUCAAUACCUCGAGCUAUUUCUACUCUGUCUCUCACACACACUGCAGCGGCUGGAGUACAGUGUCGAAGCCAAGCAGUUUGCCAUCCCGCACACCAUCCAGGUGGCAUUCAAGCAGAUCCUAGAAGCAACCCCAGAUUUGCAAACAGACGAUCCCCACAUCAGCUACAGCAUCACUUGUGUGAACGAGACGAUAGACUGGCUUCUCCUUUCCAAGACCGAGGACGAGGAGGUGAUGGCUGGGCCCAUCGCCCUCUCGCUCCUCGCUCGAAUCCUGCGCAUGACUCCGCCAAAUGACAUUGACGACAUGACCGAGCCGUUCUGCGGCAUUUUGGAGGAUCUGCACGAGAAGCGAGAAUGGCACAUUGGAAGAAAGUUCAUCAAGCUUCUGGCAUCUGCCUCGCUUUACAAUGAAAAAGCCAGUCGGUUGUUUCUCCGGGUCCUGUCACGGAUGGACCGCUACCACUGGAGCUGGCUCUAUCUUGCGAUGCUAUCGCUUGGCGUUCUAUCGCUUUCUGCAGAGACAUCGACGAUUCGUCGCAUUGCCCUCGAAGAAGGGUUGAUGGUCUACUGCUCCUAUGGCGACCAAGCCGGCAUCGCCAGCACCGCCAAUGGCACACAUCCCGAGGCAUGGAAAGUCCGUGCUGGGGCUGUCUCGGCCCUCUCGGAGAUUUACUACUCGACCCGGGCCGAGGCAGCCGGGCUACUCAUCCGCGAGACACUGGAGCAGCGGCGUGUGGUCGAGCAGCACAGCCACGUCAAGAUGCUUCUGGACAAGCAGUCCGCCCUGGGUCCGUUCCGGUGCGGACCUCGCCGUCUGUCGUUCCUGUUCAAGUACAUCUGUGUGGCUUUGGCCGAGGCCUAUGCCGAGUCGCAGAGCAGAUACAUCUUUCUGCGCAAGUAUCUCAAGACUACCGAGGGACGCCGAAAACGGAGCAUCCGGAGUCGGGCCUCCACCAGGCAGGCGAGCGAAAGUGGAGCCGAGCAUAAGCCUGAGAAUGCCCAGGAGCUCCGGUGGGAGCAAGAGCUUCAAGAGCAGGAGCUCAAGCGACGAGAAAGCGCGCGGCAUAUUUUUAAAACAACCAAUGUCUAUGUCGAAGACUACCAGCCCGGGGCGCAUCUCUCGCAUGUCAAACGGCGACAGCUCGAAGUGGUCGAAAACUCGGUCGAUCUCAACCACUUCCCUGCCCUCAAGACGGACGAAAUCCCAAAGCUCAAUUUGUCGUCAGAGAGGUAUCACGAAGACUACAAGACAUUUGAGGCAGACGACACCGAGAGCGGCUAUGUACCCGAUAUCAAGAUACCACACGCUCCGUCGGUGCUCGGGCCGUACCGAUACAAUUUGCCGGGACACAAGGCCACCCGACUGAUCAACGUCAUUAUUCCGUCAAAUGGGACAGUCAACAAGAGGAAACUGUUCAACCACCAUUCAGAGUCCGCGACCGUCGAGGAGGCCUCCGCCGACACAGCGCCGCACCAUCCAUCGGAGGGGCAAAGGCAGACAGCAUACCCCCCAAUUGUUUUGCCUGGAAUCCACGACGCCCAAGGUGAAGCAUAGAGCCAAUCGAGAUGCAAGCACAAGAGCCGAUGGCUUGCGGACGAGCAAGCAAGCAUUCAUCGGGAUCUAUAUCGACCGUAUUAUGAGC